AUAUAUAUAGCUAGAAAAGCAUAGAUAUGAGUCUGCGAGACCCUGUUUUUCUCGUCCACUUAUCUGCUUCUGUUCCUUAUUCUUCCUCACCAUUGAAGGGGCCUUGUGAAUUGGAAAUUCUGUGCUUCUACUCAUGGCGUGCAGACUUGCAGACUCGGGAUUCCAUUUCAUAGGCUCCCAGCAAAGGCGAGUUCGUAGUAAUAGGAUUGCCUCGCAAAGUUUUCCCGGUAUAUGCUAUGUGAAGUGGGGAAGCCUCCCCAAAGGGGGAUCCAAUUCUCAUAUUUUAUCUCAUAACAGAAGGACUGUAAUUGUACAGGCUGUGGCAGCUCCAGUUCAACCCCCUACAGUAGACGACAGUUCUGAGCAAAGAAAGCAGCUGGCUGAACACUAUGGAUUUAGCCAAAUUGGAGAAGCACUUCCGGAAAAUAUUACACUGAAGGAUAUUAUUGAUACCCUUCCGAAGAAGGUAUUUGAGAUUGAUGAUGUGAAGGCUUGGAAGUCGGUCUUAAUAUCUGUUACUUCUUAUGCGUUGGGACUUUUCAUGAUAUCCAAAGCUCCAUGGUAUCUACUCCCAUUGGCUUGGGCAUGGACUGGAACUUCUGUAACUGGGCUCUUUGUAAUAGGCCAUGAUUGUGCUCACAAAUCAUUUUCGAGGAACAAACUAGUGGAGGAUAUUGUUGGAACAUUGGCCUUUUUGCCUCUUAUAUAUCCAUAUGAGCCAUGGCGUUUUAAGCAUGACAGACAUCAUGCAAAAACAAACAUGUUGUCUGAAGAUACAGCCUGGCAUCCUAUUUGGAGGAAAAAGUUUGAUUCAUCUCCAGUUUUGCGCAAAGCAAUCAUAUUUGGUUACGGUCCAAUCAGGCCUUGGAUGUCUAUAGCUCACUGGUUGAUCUGGCACUUCGAUUUGAAAAAGUUCAGACCAAGUGAAGUUAAAAGGGUGAAGAUUAGCUUGGCUUGCGUCUUUGCAUUUCUAGCAAUUGGAUGGCCGUUAAUUAUCUAUAAAACAGGAGUGGUGGGAUGGAUCAAGUUUUGGUUGAUGCCAUGGUUGGGGUUUCACUUUUGGAUGAGUACUUUUACAAUGGUCCACCAUACAGCUCCACAUAUACCUUUCAAAUCUUCAGAUGAGUGGAAUGCAGCUCAAGCUCAGCUUAAUGGGACAGUUCAUUGCAACUAUCCUCACUGGAUCGAGAUCCUUUGCCAUGAUAUCAAUGUACACAUUCCUCAUCAUAUAUCUCCAAGGAUACCAAGCUACAAUUUGCGCGUGGCUCAUCAAUCUAUCCAGGAGAAUUGGGGCAAGUACUUGAAUGAAGCGACAUGGAAUUGGCGUUUAAUGAAGACAAUAAUGACAAUGUGCCAUGUUUACAGCAAGGAGGAAAACUAUGUUGCAUUUGAUGGCAUUGCUCCUCAAGAGUCCCAACCAAUUACAUUCCUUAGAAAAGUGAUGCCUGAUUAUGCCUAAACUUAUUUUAUGUUCAUGGGGUCUACUACUUUCAUUUUUUCCCCUUUUGAUAUUAUUUUUGGGGUCACAUUACAUGUAUUCUCUCUUAUAUGAAGCACAAAUGAUUCUUUUAUUUUGGCAAUAAAAAUAGUCAGGUAGGGCAAAGCGGUGAUCUUCAAAAUCCAUGCUUUGAUUGCUUUCCUCUAGUCGUUAAGACUUUAUCAGACUCCAAUCAUGUAAACAGGCCAACUGCCAACAACUAUUGGACCAUUUCUUUGUCCAACAACUAUUAGACUUGUUCUCUGUGAUGCAACAGAUUUGAUCAGGAAUACAAUUCCAGGUAGCAUUUGCUUUGUGCCA